AUGGAAUACUUCUUAUUGAAUUAUUAAAAAUAUAAAAAUGUAUAUUGUUCGGCACCUAAUCCAAUGAUGCCUCUUGUUUAUACUAUGAAAUCUUCUUUUAAUUCAAUAGCCAGCUAAAAUCCAAAAACAGGAUUUCCUUCCAGAUGUAUCGAUUUUACUCAAUUUUUUAAAUGUAACAAAUUUUGUCAGACAUUAAAUUGCUCAUAUAAAAUCUUAGUUUACACCUAAAUGUAGAGCUUAUGAU